UACCCUUUAAAUCCCAGGGAAGGGGCGGGGGGUUCAAUUAUUGCAGAAAGAAGGAGCCAGCAAAGCGUGUGGACCGUUAUUAGAAGGACAAAGCGACACAAUAAGAAUCCGCUAGUGGCGCCUCGCGACUGCGCAUGCGGGUCGAGCCGUCUUUGGGCUGGACCAAAGAUCUUGGGCUGGACUACAACUGGGGCGUCGAUUACGUCACCAACCGGGAAGGGGAAAGGUCAACAUUGUGUCGACAAGGUGAAAAGAUGUCUACAGGCUGUGGUCAUGCAUUUAUAUUGAAGAGAGGGACAGAAAGUAGCCUGGUCAUCUCGUGCUUCUGCAGAACAAUUUAAUCGGAUGGCAAGAGGUGAAGAGACCAAUAAGAAUGGCAAGUGUUGGCGAUGAGACUUUGGUACCAGAAGGGCAGAACUUUGGUGCCCAAGCCAGUGGAGUGGAAUGGACUGUCAUCAUCCUUACGUGCCAGCACAAGGAUAGUGUGUAUGCCUUCCAGAGAGAACUUGAAAUCCGCCAGCGUAAAGGGUCCAUUGCUGCUGGAGUGGUCCUUCUUACCGUUGAGGAUCCAGAGGCCCAUGUCGGUAGUGGAGGUGCAACCCUCAAUGCAUUGUUGGUAGCUGCUGAACACCUCAGUGCCAGGGCAGGAUAUACGGUUGUCACCUCUGAUGUUCUACGGACAGCACGACUAUUGAUCCUCCACAUGGGCCGAGACUUUCCCUUUGAUGACUGUGGACGUUCAUUUACCUGUUUCCCAAUGGAGAACCCCAGUGGCAAAGCAGAGGCUCUUGUCUGUAACAUUGACGUUCAGUUGUACCUCAUGACACACAAGCUGGGACCAGGCAGUCCACCAGGUGUAUGGGUCUGCAGCACAGAUAUGAUCCUGACUAUUCCCUCCUAUCCAGAUAUUUGUUGGAAUGGAUUCAGUGGCGCUAGAGUGGUGACUGUGCCAGGGACUGUCAGUUAUGCCAAGAAUCACGGUGUCUACCUCAUUGAUCAGGAGGGUUACAUCUGUGACAUCAUCUACAAAGGGACAGAAGAGAAAAUAAAGAAAUGUGCACUACAAGAUGGCAGAGUUCCUCUGGUAUCAGGUAUCGUGUUCUUCUCAUCAGAGGUUGCCGAGAAGCUCCUGGCUACACAUGUCAUUCCUCCACUGGAUGGUUGCACCUACAUGGGUCUGGACUCGGGGGCUCGUUCUGUUCAGCUAUCCAUUUUCUUUGACAUCUUACUCUGCAUGGCACGUCACAUUAGCUGGGAUGCCUUUGUGAACAGAGGAAAGAGAAUCCUGCAGAGCGGUGACAUCACUCCUCCCAACACAGACAUGGCGACCAUGAGGAGCGCCAGGGCUGUGCUUUGGCAGGAACUGCGAGGUAUUCCCGUCACUGCAGCUCUUGUAGCUGAUGGUGGCUAUGACUACAUGAGCUUGUCAGCUGAUGACCACAUACGGAACCUGACCCGGAGAGGGAGUGUCUCCGACUGCUUCGUGAGCCAUCAUGUUGUGUACUCUAAGCUGACCCACCAUGAUCUGUUGAACAAGAAUUGUUCUGUUAUCAAUAGCGUUCUGGAUGGAGAGAUCAGAAUUGAACCAUACAGUGUUGUACAACACUGCCACCUUGAGGGGCCCAUUAAUUUAAGGUCUGGUUGUCUGCUGUCAGGAGUGGAUCAGCUGUCAUCACUAUCGCUCCAACGGCACCAGCUCUGUGAUGUGAUCAUCCAGGGGCACCACAUCAAGCUGAGGGGCUUGAAGCUGAGGAUUUUCACCAUCGUGGGGCGGCUGGAUGAUCUGCAGGUACCUUUCAGCAAUAGCUGCUCAACAUUCCUGAAUAUUCCAUGGUCCACAUUCUUUGAAAGGACGGGAAUCAAGAAAGAAGAGGUCUGGGCUCCCAGCCAUCUGGAUAAUAACCUGCUCAACGCUCAGCUCUUCCCAAUCCUGCACACCUCCGAGCCCAUCGGGAUGGAGGACGUGCUGUGGCUGCUCGGGCACGAGAGCGGACAGUAUCUGAGGAAGUGGCAGUCUGCCUGGCGCCUGUCGAUGAGGGAGAUCCUGAGUUGUCUGGACCAGCAAGCUGAGCUUGCCUGGAGGCAGCAGCUCUUCCUCGCCCAGGCCCAGCACCAAGUGCAGAGCACCCUGCACGCUCGCAAAGACAACAGCCUCUGCCCUCUGAUCAGAGCAGCCGUCUGCGAGGGACAGGAGCAGCAAAUACUCCACACCCUUGACACAGUGGCUGCCAGCACCAAGGACCUGGGGAUUGCGGCCCGUGCCCUAGCGUGCGUGGCGGAUGUCUUGAGUUGCGUGGCUGGAAGGCAGGGUGGGCUCCGCAGUGGGCCCGCUGCUAACCGGGCAUGGACUGAGGCCUUCAGUUUGCUGGAAAGCGGGAACGUGGUGCGGGGAGUGGAGAAGCUGACCGAAGAGCGGGGGAAAUGGCUGAACAGGCCUGACCGGCUUGUGAGGGCUGCCCGUCACUACGAGGGGGCAGAGCAAAUCCUGAUCCGACAGGCUGUGAUGUCAGCGUGUGAGUUCAUCUCAAUAAGAGAAGUGGGGCUUCCUCCCAUGAACCACUGGGUGGUCGCCGAAUGCCCGGCUCGUAUCGAUCUCUCAGGUGGCUGGAGUGACACACCGCCCAUCACGUAUGAACAUGGGGGAGCGGUGCUGGAUAUUGCCGUGCUGGUGGACAAGUUGAAACCGAUUGGCGCCAAAGUGCGCCGCAUAAAGGAGCCAAAGCUGCACCUCGUCAUGAGCAGAGGCAGAGAACAGGAAAUGGCCGUGGAGGUAUCAUGCCAGUGUCUGGAAGAUCUGAGGGACUACUGUCAGCCUCAUGCACCAGGAGCUUUGUUGAAGGCAGCCUUUAUCUGCACACAAAUCAUCCAGUACCCCUCACAGAUUCCUCUGACAGAUCAAUUGAUGGCAGGGUUUGGUGGCGGUUUUGAGCUUCACACUUGGUCCAGCCUGCCCCAUGGAUCUGGCAUGGGUACAAGUAGCAUCCUGGCGGGAGCAGUGGUAGCAGCCCUGAUCUCAGCAGCUGGGAAAUGCUGUGAUAUCACUUCCCUUAUCCAUGUUGUGCUUCACCUGGAACAGAUACUGACCACAGGUGGAGGCUGGCAGGAUCAAGUCGGAGGCCUGGUGCCUGGGAUUAAGAUUGGUCGGUCCAAGGCCCAGUUGCCCUUACGAGUGGAUGUUGAACGUAUUCCAGUGACAGACGAGUUUGUGAAGACCCUGAAUGACCAUCUGCUGCUGGUGUACACGGGAAAAACACGCCUCGCCCGCAACCUUCUGCAGGAUGUUGUGCGGAAUUGGUAUGCCAGGUUGCCCAGCAUUGUGCAGAACACAGACGCAUUGGUUAGGAACGCAGAAGAAUGUGCACAAGCUUUUAUGAAAGGUGACCUUUCCUGGAUCGGGCAGUGCCUCAACACCUACUGGCAGCAGAAGAAGUGCAUGGCACCUGGAUGUGAGCCACUGGCAGUCCGAGAGAUGAUGACCAUCUUGCAGCCCCACGUACACGGGCAGAGCCUGGCUGGGGCAGGGGGCGGAGGCUUCCUUUAUCUCCUAACCAGAAAACCUCGUCAGAAGGAAACAAUUGAGAGGAUACUGAGAGGAAGUGAGGGUUUGGGGAACUUCAGUGUCCACGAGGUGGAGGUUGAUGAGACUGGACUCAGCGUGUGCAUUACUGGACCAGAGGGACACCCAAAUCCCACACAGAUCAUCUAACGCCCCUGGUUCUGCCUGACCAACUAAAGCAAACUCUGCUCCAUCAUCAAUUAAGGAAAAGAACAAAGGACCCAACUACAUCAUGACAUCUGUAAUAUUAUUGAUGUUUUUAGUGCAGUUCAUUCUUAUGAAUGAAUACAAAUCAGAACCUUUCCAGAACUUGUCUCAUACAUUGGAAGAAAUUAAUGUUGGCAUAAUGAAGUAAUUACGUUUUCCAGAAAGAUGUUUCAAGAGACCACUGCAGUCCUUGUGGUGGCAAAAUCACUUCAUUGUAACGAGGACACAAUCCAUUGUGCUGUGUGGCACUACAAGCAAGCUAAAUCAAAGGUAUCAAUGGUAUUUUAUUGGUUACACAAAAA